GUUUGUUUUUGAAGAUUUCCAUGGAGCGGUAUGAAGUUCUGGAGCAGAUUGGGAAAGGCUCCUUUGGCUCUGCUCUUCUUGUCAGACACAAACAAGAACGAAAGAAAUACGUAUUGAAAAAGAUUCGUCUCGCUCGACAGUCUGAUAGGGCUCGCCGAUCAGCCCAUCAGGAGAUGGAGCUUAUUUCUACUGUCCGCAAUCCAUUCGUUGUGGAAUACAAAGAUUCAUGGGUUGAAAAGGGUUGCUAUGUCUGCAUCGUUAUUGGAUAUUGUGAAGGCGGAGACAUGACAGAAACCAUAAAAAGAGUAUGUGGCGUUCAUUUUCCGGAAGAGAAACUCUGCCAAUGGCUUGUUCAACUCCUAAUGGCACUUGAUUAUCUGCACUCCAACCAUAUUCUUCACCGCGAUGUCAAGUGUUCUAAUAUAUUCUUGACAAAAGAUCAAGACAUACGGCUUGGUGACUUUGGCCUCGCUAAGAUUCUCACUUCUGAUGACCUUACAUCCUCUGUUGUUGGUACUCCAAGUUACAUGUGCCCUGAGCUUCUUGCUGACAUACCUUACGGAUCAAAGUCAGACAUUUGGUCUUUGGGAUGCUGCAUGUAUGAAAUGGCUGCUCAUAAACCUCCUUUCAAAGCUACUGAUGUGCAGACAUUGAUCACCAAAAUACACAAACUGAUAAUGGAUCCUAUUCCUGCCAUGUAUUCCGGUUCAUUCCGAGGCCUCAUCAAAAGUAUGUUGAGGAAAAAUCCUGAACUCAGGCCGAGUGCUAGUGAGCUGCUUAACCAUCCUCAUCUUCAGCCGUACAUCAGCAUGGUUUAUCUGAAGCUUGAGAGUCCCAGGCGAAGCACUUUUCCACUGCAAUGGUCUGAGAAGGGCUCUACGGUGAAUGAAAGAAGAAGGCAUUCUUUCAGCAACGACAGGAGAUUGAAUCCGAGUGUCUCUGAUACAGAAGCAGGCUCUGUGUCUUCUUCAGGCAAAACAUCUCAUUCACCAGUGUAUAAUGGGAGGAAAGUCUCACAAGUAACAGUUGGAGUCGUCAGUGAAGAGAUUGUUGGUCAAAGACAAAGGCAGGAGGGAGUGAAGAAGCAAUCAGGUGGAGCAAGAACACCGAGAGUGGCUGCGACCUCAGCAAAGGCAUAUGUCAUGUCAAAGAGGGUUGAAACGCCGUCAAGCACGCCGCGCACUGUCUCCAAACAUGAACUGAAGAAGGAGUUGAAUCCUGGAGACAGAAGGAGGAGUAGGAGAGUAUCUCUUCCGUUGGUGGUGGAAAACCCGAUGUGUCCAUACGAAUCGGACAUCACUGCAAUUUGCGGCCUAAACUCACCGGACGUUUCUGUAAACGCUCCAAGAAUGGACAAGAUGGCUGAGUUCCCUGACGGUCUCUUGCAGAGCAGAGAGAGAGAGUCAAGAGCAGUAGAUAAAAAUGAGGACAAGUCGAUGACCAAGGACAAGUGUACGAGUGUAAAGACAAGGUCAGGAGGUUGGGAGGAAAAACAGACAAGGUUCGACACGUCGUCGUAUAAGCAGCGCGCGGAGGCUCUGGAGGGAUUGCUGGAGUUCAGUGCAAGGCUUCUGCAGCAGGAAAGGUACGAUGAGCUUGCUGUCUUGCUUAAACCCUUUGGACUCGAGAGGGUUUCUCCCAGGGAGACGGCCAUCUGGUUGUCCAAGAGCUUCAAACAAGCUUCCGCCUAGAGGCAUCAACCAACCUCCUCCUCCAUCAAAACGCCUUGUAUUUUUGAUUGUCGUCGUUUCAAGUGUAUAAAUAAAAUAAAAAUAAAAAGAAAACGGCGUGCAUGUUAAUUAUCCGAAUGAAUGAAUAAUAUCAAAGCUUGCU